CGGAGAGGCUGCGGGAGAGUCUGGCGGGGGGAGAUCCAGAGGUUCUCCGGAUACAGAAAUUCAAAAUUAGUUGUAAUCUUUGCAAGCCAAACUUUUCUGUUGCUGGGAAAAAAAGAGCGGACUCACUUGGAGGGAUCAGAGUCCUGAGGCGCCAGAAAUGGUCCCGUGAAGGAAAAGGCAUCUGGAGACCCAGAAGAGUCCUUGGAGCCACUUGGAGUUGCUCUGCAGGAGAGAGAAAGGAUGGAGACACAACCUUUGGGAAAGGAGGGAGCCGGAAAAGGCCCUUCAGCUGCUCAGCCUGGGAAGCUCUGGACAAGGACUGGGCAGAAGAUCCUGGAGGAGGAAACCAUCCUCCCUUCAGAAGUUCAGCCCUGGAAUUUCAUCCAAUAUCAGGAGGCUGAGGGUCCCCGAAGACUUUGCAGCCGACUCUAUGACUUUUGCAGGCGAUGGCUGAGAUCAGAAAAGCACACCAAAGCCCAGAUGCUGGACCUGGUGGUUCUGGAGCAGUUCCUGGCUCUUCUGCCCCCAGAGAUGGAGAGCUGGGUGCGGGAGUGUGGAGCAGAGACCAGCUCCCAGGCGGUGGCCCUGGUGGAAGGCUUCCUCUUGAGCCAGGCGGAGGAGCAGAAGGAGCAGGUUGAGAUGCAGUGCUGCACUGUGGAGAACAGAGAUCCUGAGGGAAAGAGGAACCCAUCAAACUCCCCUCAGGAGCUAUUUUUUAGGAGGAUCCCUUGGGAGGAUCAAAGUCAGGACACCUCAGGAGAGAAACAAAGAAUGAAAUUUUCUGAUUUUUAUGAUGGCGAUCAAACAGCGGUUGAACCCCUAAAUCAAGAGAGUCUUGUGUCCUUCGAGGAGGUGGCUGUGUAUUUCUCUGAGGAGGAAUGGUCUCAGCUGGAUCCUGACCAAAAAACACUGCAUUCGGAAGUCAUGCUUGAAAACCAUUGGAACGUGGUCUCUCUGGGUAAUAAUAGUCAGAAGAAUCAAGAUUCCUGUGAACUGUUCCAAGUGAUUAAUGCUAAAGAUGGAACAGAGAAAUUUGGAAUUCGAAUGGAAUUAGAAACCCAUGAUAGAAACCAGUCAAAUGAUUGGAAUCAGGAAAGCUCAUCUUCCGCUGAUGCUCCGAUACGAAAUUUUCAUGCCGAACAGGAGAAAAUAAGGAAAAAAUAUAUUGGGAAAAGUUUGAAGCCAAUCAAAGCUAAAUUACUAGUAAAAGAACACUAUUUAAGCCAAAACGAAGGAGAAGAUGAUAUAAGAAGACACAACGGAAAAAGUUACAAUGUGACAUUCAUUCCUUCUCUUGGAAAUAAGUUUCUUACACCUCAAAAAAUGAUUGACGCAAAAGAGAAGCCUUAUCAAUGCUUGGAAUGUGGAACAUGUUUUAGAACAAGCAGGCAACUUACUUCCCAUGAAAGGAUUCACACUGGGGAGAAGCUAUACAAAUGCAGAGAAUCUGGUAACAGGUUCAGAAGACAUAGUAAUCUUAUUUCCCAUAAAAGGAUCCACUCAGGAGAGAAACCGUAUAAAUGCAUGGAGUGUGGAAAGACCUUUGCUUACAGUAAUGUACUUACUAUCCACAAAAUGAUCCACACAGGGAAAAAACAAUUUAAAUGCAUGGAUUGUGGAAAGACCUUUGUUCGAAGAGGUCAUCUUAUUUCCCAUAAGAGGAUCCACACAGGGGAGAAGCCGUAUAAAUGCAUGGAGUGUGGAAAGACCUUUGCUCAUAGAGGUAAUCUUAUUCGCCAUAAGAGGAUCCACACAGGGGAGAAGCCGUAUAAAUGCAUGGAGUGUGGAAAGACCUUUGCUCAUAGAGGUAAUCUUAUUCGCCAUAAGACGAUCCACACAGGGGAGAAGCCAUAUAAAUGCAUGGAGUGUGGAAAGACCUUUGCUCAAAAAGGUCAUCUUAUUUCCCAUAAGAGAAUCCACACAAGGGAGAAGCCGUACAAAUGCAUGGAGUCUGAGGAAACAUUUACGCAUAGCAGUGGACUCAGUAAGCACAAUAAGCUACACACAAGAGAAAAGUCCUAUAAAUGCAUGGAGUGUGAAAAGACCUUUGCUAAAAGAAGUCAUCUUAUUUCCCAUAAGAGGAUCCACACAGGCGAAAAGCCAUAUAAAUGCAUGGAGUGUGAAAAGACCUUUGCUCAAAGAGGUCAUCUUAUUUCCCAUAAGAGGAUUCACACUGGGGAAAAGCCAUUUAAAUGCAUAGAGUGUGAAAAGACCUUUGCUUACAGACGUACUCUUAUUCGCCAUAAGAAGAUCCACACAGGGGAGAAGCCGUAUAAAUGCAUGGAGUGUGCAAAGACUUUUGCUCAAAGAGGUCAUCUUAUUUCCCAUAAGGUGAUCCACACAGGGGAAAAGCCAUUUAAAUGCAUGGAGUGCGGAAAGACCUUUGCUCAUAACAGUAGCCUAAGAAUACACAAACGGAGACACACAGGGGAGAAGCCGUAUAAAUGCCUGGAGUGCGGACAGAUCUUUGCUCAUAACAAUAGCCUAAGAAUACACAAACGGAUACACACAGGGGAGAAGCUGUAUAAAUGCAUGGAGUGUGAGGAAACAUUUACGCAUAGCAGUGGACUCAGUAAGCACAAUAAGCUACACACAAGAGAAAAGUCCUAUAAGUGCAUGGAGUGUGGAGAGACCUUUGCUCAAAGAGGUCAUCUUAUUUCCCAUAAGAGGAUCCAUACAGGGGAAAAGCCAUUUAAAUGCAUGGAGUGUGGAAAGACCUUUGCUCAAAGAAGUAAUCUUAUUUCCCAUAAUGUGAUUCACACAGGGGAAAAGCCAUUUAAAUGCAUGGAGUGUGGAAAGACCUUUGCUCAUAACAGUGGCCUAAGAAUACAUAAAAGGAUCCACACAGGGGAGAAACCAUAUAAAUGCAUGGAGUGUGGAAAGACCUUUGCUCAAAGAGGUCAUCUUACUUCCCAUAAGAGGAUUCACACAGGGGAAAAGCCAUUUAAAUGCAUGGAGUGUGGGAAAACGUUUUCGAAUAGCGGUGGACUCAGUCACCACAAUAAGCUCCACACAAGAGAAAAGUCCUAUAAAUGCAUGGAGUGUGGAAAGACCUUUGCUCAAAGAUGUAAUCUUAUUUCCCAUAAGAGGAUCCACACAGGGGAAAAGCCAUUUAAAUGCAUGGAGUGUGGAAAGACCUUUGCUCAAAGAAGUAAUCUUAUUUCCCAUAAUGUGAUUCACACAGGGGAAAAGCCAUUUAAAUGCAUGGAGUGUGGAAAGACCUUUGUUCAAAGAGGUCCUCUUAUUCGCCAUAAGAUGAUCCACACAGGGGAGAAGCCAUAUAAAUGCAUGGUGUGUGAAAAGACCUUUGCUCAAAGAGAUCAUCUUAUUCAUCAUAAGAGGAUCCACACAGGGGAAAAGCCAUUUAAAUGCAUGGAGUGUGGAAAGACCUUUGUUCGAAGAGGUCAUCUUAUUCGCCAUAAGAGGAUCCACACAGGGGAGAAGCCAUAUAAAUGCAUGGUGUGUGAAAAGACCUUUGCUCAAAGAGAUCAUCUUAUUCGCCAUAAGGUGAUCCACACAGGGGAGAAGCCAUUUAAAUGCAUGGAGUGUGGAAAGACCUUUGCUCGAAGAGGUCAUCUUAUUCACCAUACGGUGAUCCACACAGGGGAGAAGCCGUAUAAAUGCAUGGAGUGCGGAAAGGUCUUUGCUCAUAACAGUGGCCUAAGAAUACAUAAAAGGAUCCACACAGGGGAGAAGCCGUAUAAAUGCAUGGAGUGUGGAAAGACCUUUGCUCAAAGACGUCAUCUUAUUUCACAUAAGGUGAUCCACACAGGGGAAAAGCCAUUUAAAUGCAUGGAGUGCGGAAAGACCUUUGCUCGUAACAGUGGCCUAAGAAUACAUAAAAGGAUCCAUACAGGGGAGAAACCAUAUAAAUGCAUGGAGUGUGGAAAGACCUUUGCUCAUUACAGUAGCCUAAGAAUACACAAAUGGAUACACACAGGGGAGAAGCCGUAUAAAUGCAUGGAGUGUGGAAAGUGCUUUGCUCAGAGUGGAGGUCUUUCUUCUCAUAAAUGGAUCCACACUCGUGAGAAACUACAUAGCAAUAGCAAUUCCACUUAGACUUAUAUACCACUCCAAAAUGCUUUACAAUACUCUCUGAGCAGUUUACAAAGUCAGCAUAUGGUCCCCAGCAAUCUGCAUUCUCAUUUUACCGACCUCAGAAGGAUGAAAGUCUGAAUCAACCAUGAGCCUGUCCAAAUGAAACUCCUGGCUGUGGGCAAUUAGCCUGUAGUACUGUAUUCUAGCCAGUGCCUCACCAUGUAUAUGCAUAUUGUGUCUUUCUGAUCUAAUUAGCAAUGACUGCAUCUCCAAUGAUCCAUCUGUUCAGCUACUGAAGUUCGCAGAUGACACAACAGUGAUUGGUCUCAUUCGAGAGAUUGGUCUCAUUGUUAAAAAAGCCAACACAGUUCUGGGCUGCAUAAACAGAGGGAUAGAAUCAAGAUCACGUGAAGUGCUAGUACCACUUUAUAAUGCCUUGGUAAGGCCACACUUGGAAUAUUGCAUCCAGUUUUGGUCGCCACGAUGUAAAAAAGAUGUUGAGACUCUAGAAAGAGUGCAGAGAAGAGCAACAAAGAUGAUUAGGGGACUGGAGGAUAAAACAUAUGAAGAACGGUUGCAGGAACUGGGUAUGUCUAGUUUAACAAAAAGAAGGACUAGGGGAGACAUGAUAGCAGUGUUCCAAUAUCUCAGGGGCUGCCACAGAGAAGUGGGAGUUGGGCUGUUCUCCAGAGCACCUGAGGGUAGAACAAGAAGCAAUGGGUGGAAACUGAUCAAGGAAAGAAGCAACUUAGAACUAAGGAGAAAUUUCCUGACAGUUAGAACAAUUAAUAAGUGGAACGACUUGCCUUCAGAAGUUGUGAAUGUUCCAACACUGGAAAUUUUUAAGAAAAUGUUGGAUAACCAUCUGACUGAGAUGGUGUAGGGUUUCCUGCCUGGGCAGGGGGUUGGACUAGAAGGCCUCCAAGGUCCCUUCCAACUCUAAUGUUAUGUUAUGUUAUGUUAUGUUAUGAGACAAUGAUGAAUCCGCAUAUAGACGAGAGGUCGAACGACUAGCCUUGUGGUGCAACCAAAACAAUCUGGAACUGAACACACUCAAAACCGUAGAAAUGGUGGUAGACUUUAGGAGAAACCCUUCCAUACUUCCACCUCUCACAAUACUAGACAACACAGUAUCAACAGUAGAAACCUUCAAAUUUCUGGGUUCUAUCAUAUCGCAAGAUCUAAAAUGGACAGCUAACAUCAAAAACAUCAUUAAAAAAGGACAACAAAGAAUGUUCUUUCUGCGCCAACUCAGUAAGCUCAAACUGCCCAAGGAGCUGCUGAUUCAGUUCUACAGAGGAAUUAUUGAGUCUGUCAUUUGCACCUCUAUAACUGUCUGGUUCGGUUCUGCAACCCAACAAGAAAAACACAGACUUCAGAGGAUAAUUAGAACUGCAGAAAAAAUAAUUGCUACCAAUCUGCCUUCCAUUGAGGACCUGUAUAGUGCACGAAUCAAGAAGAGGGCCGUGAAAAUAUUUGCAGAUCACUCGCAUCCUGGACAUAAACUGUUUCAACUCCUACCCUCAAAACGACGCUAUAGAGUACUGCACACCAGAACAACUAGACACAAGAACAGUUUUUCCCCGAAGGCCAUCACUCUGCUAAACAAAUAAUUCCAUCAACACUGUCAGAUUAUUUACUGAAUCUGCACUACUAUUAAUCGUCUCAUAGUUCCCAUCACCAAUCUCUUUCCACUUAUGACUGUAUGACUAUAACUUGUUGCUGGCAAUCCUUAUGAUUUAUAUUGAUAUAUUGACCAUCAGUUGUGUUGUAAAUGUUGUACCUUGAUGAACGUAUCUUUUCUUUUAUGUACACUGAGAGCAUAUGCACCAAGACAAAUUCCUUGUGUGUCCAAUCACACUUGGCCAAUAAAAUUCUAUUCUAUUCUAUUCUAUUCUAAAUGAGAUAAGGUUGAAUCCAGUGGUGAAAUCUAAUUUUUUUUUACUACUGGUUCUGUGGGCGUGGUUUGGUGGGCAUGGCAGAAGGAUACUGCAAAAUCCCAUUACCUCCCCACUUCUGGGGGAAGGAUAUUGUAAAAUCUCUAUUCCCAUCCCACUCGGGGGUCAGCCAGAGGUGAUAUUUACCGGUUCUCCGAACUACUCCAAAUUUCCACUACCGGUUCUCCAGAACCUUUCAGAACCUGUUUUACACCUGGGCAGGAAAAAGAGUACCUGAAACCUAGCUCAAAAACAAUAACUGUGAGAAGUACCUUGGAGUCUGAAUGGAUGAGUUUCCUGUGUGCAGCAACAGCCAAAAAAGCUAAUACAAUUCUUGGUUGUAUAAACAGAAGCAUAGAAUCAAAAUCACAUGAAGUAUUAGUCCUGCUCUAUGAAGCCUUAGUAAGCCACCCCUGGAAUACUGCAUCCAGUUUUGGUCCUCAAAUUACAAAAAAGAUGGUGAGACUUUGGAAAAAAGUACAGAGAAGAGCAGUAGGCUGAUUAAAGACCUGCAGACGAAAACAUAUGAAGAACAAUUGCAGAAUUUUGGUUUGGCUAAUCUAGAGAAAAGGAGGAUUGGGAGUGACAUGAUAGCAAUAUUCCAGUACUUGAGAGGCUGCCACAAAGUGGAAUGGGUCAGUUUAUUUUCCAAAACGCCAGAGGGCAGGACAAGAAACAAUGCAUUCAAAAUAAUCGAGAGAAGCAAUUUUGAAUUAACAAGGAUCUUCCUUUCAGUAAAGACAUUUAACCAGUGGAACAGCUUUCCUUCAGACAUUGUGGUUGCUUCAUGCUGGAUGUUUUUAAGAAGAGACUGGAUAGUCACUUGUCUGAAAUAGAUCCUAUAGGAAGAUCAGUAGAUCCUGAAAUGGUCUAGACCAGCAGUCACCAACCGGUGGUCCGCGAGAAAAUUUUGGUGGUCCGUGGAGAAAUCUUUGUAUUUUUGCCGGUGCACCCUGGUGGAGGAACUGUGGCACAAACGGGCUGAAGCAGCGAUUGCCAUGGCUGGAAGCUGUGGGAGUGAAGCACUUCUUGCACUUGCGCAGCAUCAGCAUUCCGCCUCUGUAUAUUUGCCCAGCUGGUGGCACAAAGCAGCCCUCGUCUCCUGCCGCUUGAGACUUGGAGCUGUAAAUGGCGACUGGUCUGGGGAGCAGCCGGAUUUUGCUCUCUAUUGUGGAUGCCAGAUCAGCCCCCUGCAAGCUCUUGUUUCUCAAGGAGCGCUCGCUGAAAUGGCGUGGGAAACUUCAGUCACUCGGAGAGAUGAGACCUUGCAGGGUACGGGUCUGGCAUCCA